AUCACUGACUCUAGAGUGUCAUCGUCAGUUGUUUACUUCUAUCACAGUAGCUAGUAUAGACAGCAGCGUGUUUAGUUUAGCUGGAUAAAGGGGUUCCCACAAUUACAUAUUUAAUACAUUGUUGUGACUGAUUUAUUAUUAUUUUAUUAACAGAAUAAGUUUGUAGAUCAUUUAUUAUUUCUGGGCCUGUAUUGAAUGGCUUUCAGUGGGUUAGCUAGCAGCUAGCGCUAACCAUCGUUUAAAAUCCGUCAAACAGCACAACAACACGGAAACAUGUCGUGUACAUGUGCUUCAGCGGCGAGAAAACUUAUAAAUUCAGCUCAUAAAGGAAUAUCAGGAGUCCAGUUACUGUCACUAAGCCGCCCGGGAACUUGUGAGAUUCGUCUGGCACGCCAGGUCCCAUUGAGAUCAUUCUCAGAGACGGCUGUGUAUUACGCAUCAAAAGAUGGAGUAAAGGAUGGAGAUGGUGGGAAGAAAUCUGUUGGUGAAGGAAGUGGAAAAAGAACCAGCUCUAGUAACUCAGGCAAAGGAGGUAGUCAACUGCGAUGCCCCAAAUGUGGAGAUCCUUGCACACAUGUAGAAACAUUUGUUUCAUCAACUCGCUUUGUGAAAUGUGAAAAAUGCCAACACUUUUUUGUGGUGCUUUCGGAAAGUGACACUAAGAAGAGUUUGAGUAAAGACCCAGAGUCAACGGCAGAAUCUGUCAAGUUGGCAUUCCAGCAGAAACCUCCACCACCACCUAAGAAGAUCUUUGCUUAUCUUGAUAAGUAUGUUGUGGGUCAGGAUCAUGCUAAGAAGGUGCUUUCGGUAGCGGUGUACAACCAUUAUAAACGUAUCUACAACAACAUGCCGGCAGGCUCCCGGCAACAGCAGGCAGAUGUGGAGAAACAGGCCUCUCUUACUCCUCGAGAGCUAGAGCUAAGACGACGGGAGGAUGAAUACAGGUUUACAAAGCUGCUACAGAUUGCUGGGAUCAGUCCACAUGGAAAUGCUCUGGGUGCCUCCAUGCAACAGCAGUUGAACCAGCAGGCUCCUCCAGAGAAGAGAGGAGGAGAAGUCCUGGACUCCACACACACUGACAUCAAACUAGAAAAGAGCAACAUUGUGCUGCUGGGCCCCACUGGUUCUGGAAAGACACUUCUGGCUCAAACACUGGCCAAAUGCCUGGAUGUUCCCUUUGCAAUCUGUGACUGCACUACCCUUACCCAAGCUGGCUAUGUGGGAGAGGACAUAGAGUCUGUCAUCGCAAAGUUACUGCAGGAUGCUAACUAUGUGAUUGAGAAAGCCCAGCAAGGCAUCGUGUUUUUGGAUGAAGUGGACAAGAUUGGCAGUGUCCCUGGGAUCCACCAGUUAAGGGAUGUGGGAGGAGAAGGAGUACAACAGGGUUUGCUCAAACUCCUGGAAGGCACUAUUGUUAAUGUUCCUGAAAAGAACACAAGGAAGCUGAGAGGUGAAACUGUGCAAGUCGACACCACCAACAUCUUGUUUGUAGCAUCUGGAGCGUUUAAUGGACUUGACCGUAUCAUCAGCAGGAGAAAGAAUGAGAAGUACCUUGGGUUUGGAACACCGUCUAACAUGGGGAAAGGUCGAAGGGCGGCAGCAGCGGCUGAUCUGGCCAACAUGACGGGCGGAGAGAUGGACGCGGUGGCUGAGAUUGAGGAGAAGGACCGGCUACUGAAACAUGUGGAGGCCAGAGACCUCAUAGAGUUCGGCAUGAUUCCUGAGUUUGUAGGGCGACUUCCUGUCGUGGUUCCACUGCACAGCCUGGAUGAAGAGACACUGGUGCGAAUUCUCACGGAGCCCCGCAAUGCUGUCGUGCCUCAGUACCAGGCUCUUUUCAGCAUGGACAAGUGUGAUCUCAACGUGACGCCUGAUGCCCUGAGAGCCAUCGCCAGGUUGGCUCUGGAACGUAAAACUGGUGCCCGUGGGCUUAGAUCCAUAAUGGAAAAACUGCUGCUAGAUCCAAUGUUUGAGGUGCCGCAUUCAGAUAUUGUGGCCGUGGAGGUGAACCAGGAAGUAGUUAAGGGAAAAGCAACACCUCAAUACAUAAGAGCUGCGGCAAAAGACUCCCCUGAAGAGGAGUAUGAUUCUGGAAUCGAAGAGGAAAACUGGACCAGACAGGUUGAUGCAGCCAAAAACUAAAAACUAAAAAACUGGUUUAUAGACAUGCCAUUCAGCUAAAUAAGUCACAGAUUAUUUGCCGCCUCAGUUCUCCUAAGGGUCCAUUUCUCACUGUAUGCUUAUGUAUGUUUUAUUAGUCACUUUGGCAAAAUUUUAUUCCUUGAAAACCACCCAUCCCUACCCUAAUCUUAAAGAAUUAUGGCUUAGAGAAAUUUUGAAAUCAACCAGAUGCCUGCCUGACGCUAUGCCUCCUAUAGAUGCUGUUAAUAUGUGUAAUUUAAAGAGCUUUUUAUUUAAUUCUUAUUAACUUGUGAUUUUUAUGAAUUGUUUGGUUGCCCAGGAAACCAAACAGAGAUAGAAAGUGAGGGGGGCUCAUAAUCAAUGUAUGUUUGAUUUCAGAUUCCUUGUAACACUUUGCCCUGCUUGGAAUAAAAUUACACAUUUGUGUCACACUGGUCAAUUUGCUACAUAGAGAGGUCAUGAAGCCUGUAAAGGAGUGUAUUUCUUUUCACAAUCACUCUUGACUGUACACAAGGUCUCCCGAAACCACCUCCAGUUAAAUAAUUUUUCACUUUGAAACACAUUUUCAAAAGUCUGUAUAAAGAAUCUUCAUAAGCCUCAAGAUGCAGUAUUUUAUGUCUCUUAAUGAGUAGACUUCAAUUUUGGCAAAUCCAAAGUGCUUUUGAUUGAAGUAUGUUUUAUGUCCAGUUUGCAAUCACUGGCUGGCUGAUAUUUAUGCAGUGUCAAGGUUCAAGAAAACUCCAUUUGAUAAAAAUUAUUCUAUAAUUAUGCACAAAUGGGCUAAAUAGUAUAAGAUAUACUAUAUGUUUCAGCCACUUGCAAAAAUGUAAAUCAGUUUUCUUUGUAUGGUGAACCAAGAUUUUAACUUCCAAGGUAAUUCAUAGCAAAGUUCAUGGUUAGUAUCUCUCCUUGGACAUAGGGAUAAUGUACAUUUCCUUCAAUUUUGUUGGAAACAAUAUGUAUUUUGCCUUUUAUGCUACAGAAUAAACUUACAUGGGGUACACGUACAAGGUGUUGUGUCUGUAUAGAGAGAAUAAAAAUCAUGUGUUUGUAUUCGACCUUAAAGUCACAGGGUUACUGCACAAAAACAAUGUAUGUCACAAUGUAUGUGAUGAAGUAAACACGAUGAUGAGCAA